UGAAUCAAACCCAUCUGGGUUUCUAAGAUCCGUUUCUAUAUCCAUACUUAGGCAUAUGAUUCUCAUAUCUCUCUCUCUCUCUCUCUCUCUCUCUCUCUCUCUCCCGUAUUAACGAGAGAAGAUUUUAGUUCUUGUUUGGAGUAAUAAAUAUAUCCUCGUGUUCUUUCCGUAUGUAUGAAUUUGACAGUUUUGUUAUCAUCUUUUCGUAUUAAUUAGUUCUAUAUUUGCUUUUUUCACUGAGCUGUUGAUCUAAGAUCUGUAAAUUUUCAGGCUAUUGAUCCGUGUUUAUGUGAGAUCAUCGCCUUUUUAUCUUUUCCUUCACUUUCUUGUUUGGUCUUGUUAGAUCACUUUUCUUCAAGCUCUCUCUUGAUCUUCUUUUAAACCAGAUCAAGUAUCCAUGGAGGCAGUUUUGUUGCGUUCAUCACCAGAGCAUCAACCAACCUCUCCUUAUAAUUACAAGCAACACAUGGGAAACUCAAGAAACAAUCGUCCCUUCAUUUCCCGAUCUUCCGAGAACUACCCUCCUCCUCUUCCUCCAAACUUUCAAGGCGGUCUUUUGCUUCCGCCACCAGCUUUUCUCACCCACUCGUUUCCUCCUCCGUUUUCAGUUUUCAAUCCACGGCAACAGCCACCUCUUCUUCCUCUUCCUCAUCCAACCCCCAAACCAUACCAUACCAAUAACUGUCUAACUCGAGGCCUCUCGUGCCCUCCGAUCAACAGAAAAAUCGACAACAACAGAUCCAGAGACAAAUCUCGAACACCCAAAAAAUCAAAAGUAUCCACAACCACAAGUCCCAAAAAGGAAGAGCCAAAACUCAAACACCAACAUUCAAAAUCGACAAAGGUGACAACGACGUUAUCAUCACCGGAGUGUUUCAUUAUCGAGUCGACGAACCGGUUGGGACCUGAGCCCAAGGAUCUUCCCAAGGAUGUUUCCAGGGUUUUGUCUUUGUCAUCGUCAUCAUCUUCGGCUCGCACCAUCGAUACUACUGGCGAUAUCACUCUCACUACUACAGAACAGUUGGACAAGUUCUCAGAUUCUACUGUGUUUACAAUCUCUCCUCCGCCAAGCAGCUUGCCUUUGCCCACUUUUUGUCUAAGGCCAAAGCUCGGNUUUAAUCAAGUAUCCAUGGAGGCAGUUUUGUUGCGUUCAUCACCAGAGCAUCAACCAACCUCUCCUUAUAAUUACAAGCAACACAUGGGAAACUCAAGAAACAAUCGUCCCUUCAUUUCCCGAUCUUCCGAGAACUACCCUCCUCCUCUUCCUCCAAACUUUCAAGGCGGUCUUUUGCUUCCGCCACCAGCUUUUCUCACCCACUCGUUUCCUCCUCCGUUUUCAGUUUUCAAUCCACGGCAACAGCCACCUCUUCUUCCUCUUCCUCAUCCAACCCCCAAACCAUACCAUACCAAUAACUGUCUAACUCGAGGCCUCUCGUGCCCUCCGAUCAACAGAAAAAUCGACAACAACAGAUCCAGAGACAAAUCUCGAACACCCAAAAAAUCAAAAGUAUCCACAACCACAAGUCCCAAAAAGGAAGAGCCAAAACUCAAACACCAACAUUCAAAAUCGACAAAGGUGACAACGACGUUAUCAUCACCGGAGUGUUUCAUUAUCGAGUCGACGAACCGGUUGGGACCUGAGCCCAAGGAUCUUCCCAAGGAUGUUUCCAGGGUUUUGUCUUUGUCAUCGUCAUCAUCUUCGGCUCGCACCAUCGAUACUACUGGCGAUAUCACUCUCACUACUACAGAACAGUUGGACAAGUUCUCAGAUUCUACUGUGUUUACAAUCUCUCCUCCGCCAAGCAGCUUGCCUUUGCCCACUUUUUGUCUAAGGCCAAAGCUCGGUUGCAAUGCCGAAGCUGCAGGAGUUGACUCCGGGGCGACCGACAGUCUCCGUCGACUUCUCCGACUCCGUUGAUUAUUGAAUAUUAAUCAACACUUACUAUUAAUUACUUGUUGGGUAUCCGUAAUAUGUGAAUAAAAGCAUAAACAAUGGUAUGCUUUGUGAUGGUGAUACACAUGUCUGUUAUUUUUCUUUUCUUCUUUCUUCUUUUCAUUAUUGUGGUUUUCUGGUUUUAUUGGCGUGUAGUUUGGCAGCACCGCCCUAGUUUUUUCAAUGGGGGUGGACAAAGCUAUGUGCGUGGUGUAUUGGAGCUUUGGAUAAGGAAUAAGGACUAAGGAAGGAGGUUGAUUAGGUUUUUCUUAAGAAAACCGUGUGUUCUUUUCCUGUUUUUCUUCAAGAAUAUGUGAACGAUGAUAUAUGUAUUUUAUCAUCCGCUUGUAAUUUCAGUAAUGACUACGGUACGGUGGUUGAUAAGGUUUUUCUUAAGAAACAGUGAGCUCUUUUCCUUUUUUUUUUUAUUUUAUU